AUGAUUUCGGCGUCCCUGAAGCACUUCGGCCGUCAGCUGAUACGCGUCAAGGUUCUGGACCUGAGCAGCGACGACACCCAGCUGUCGCGCUGCCUCAACACCUGCGACCUGGUAGUGCUGGGCGUGGGUAGCACGCUGGGCGCCGGCGUCUACGUGGUGGCCGGGAGCGUGGCCAAAAUUACCUCAGGCCCCGCCAUCAUCCUGUCUUUCCUCAUCGCAUCCGUGGCUUCCAUCCUGGCUGGCCUGUGCUACGCCGAGUUCGGCGCCCGCACACCCAAAACCGGCUCCGCCUACCUCUACAGCUACGUCACGGCCGGAGAGUUGCAGGCCUUCGUCACCGGCUGGAGUCUCCUCGUAUCUUAUUCCAUCGGUACGUCGAGCGUGGCCAGGACGUGGAGCAGCACCUUCGACAUGCUGAUCGGAGGCAAAAUCCAGAAGUGGAGCAAAAAUAACGCCCCGAUGAACUUUUCUGACGUCCUGGCGGAAUACCCGGAUAUUUUUUCAGUCUUGCUCGUCAUCAUUUUGACAAGCCUGUUAUGCCUCGGCGUGAAGGAGUCAGUGCUGGUGGGAAAAGUGUUCACCAGCAUCAACGUCUUAGUUCUGAUUUUCGUCAUGGUCGGCGGGAUCAUCAAGGGAGAUACCAAAAACUGGAGCAUCAACCCCGAUGACGUCCUCAGCGCCGCCACGGCGCGUUCGCCAAAUACAACGGAUCAUUCGUCUCUCAAGAAAAGACUAGGGGUUGGGGGCUUCCUGCCUUUUGGUUGGAUGGGGGUCUUCUCAGGGGCCGCCACCUGCUUCUAUGCCUUUAUUGGCUUUGAAUGUAUUGCCACCUCAGGCGAGGAGGUGAAGAACCCGCAGAAAGCCAUCCCCGUGGGGAUCGUUAGCUCGCUGCUCAUCUGCCUGAUGAUGUACUUGGGCGUGUCCACCGCCCUCACCAUCCUCAUGCCUUACUACCUGCUGGAUGAACACAGCCCGCUACCUCAGGCCUUCACCCACGUGGGCUGGCCCAUAGCCACCAACGUCGUGGGCGCUGGCUCCCUCUGCGCCCUCUCCACCAGCUUGCUGGGAGCCAUGUUUCCCAUGCCCAGAGUCAUCUGGGCCAUGGCGGAAGACGGCCUGCUCUUCAAGUGUUUGAGCAAAAUCAACAGUCGCACAAAAACGCCGCUGGUGGCGACCAUCGUGUCGGGCGUCAUAGCAGCCACCAUGGCCCUGCUCUUCAACUUGAGGGAUCUGGUGGACCUCAUGUCGAUCGGCACUCUGCUGGCGUACACGCUGGUGGCCGCCUGCGUGGUGGUGCUCAGGUACAGGCCCGAAAGGAGAGCCAGCUACGAGAUGAGCGCCGUCACGGAUGAAGCGGAUACCGAAGGUGACGUCACCAUCCAGAAAAAGGACAACCUCUGCUCGGCCGCGCUACGGCUCCUGCUCCGACCCGACAAAGAGCCCACUCCUCGCUCCGGGUUCGCCGUGGUGGUCUGCACCGUCGUCCUCACGGUGUUGGCGUUCCUCUUUAGCGUGGUAGCCGUGACGAGCAAGCACGCGGCGUGGACUCCCGCCUUUUUGGGCGCCGUGGCGGCGGUCAGCGCGGGCGUGACGCUGGUGGUGUGGAGGCAACCGCAGAACAAGGCCAAGCUCAGCUUCAAAGUCCCUCUGGUGCCUUUCAUACCUGUGGUGAGCAUGAUGAUCAACACCUACCUGAUGAUGCAGCUCAUGACAGGACCUUACCUGCAUUACAUUAUCUUCAUGUCCAUAGGUUUGCUGAUCUACUUCGGCUACGGAUUUCACCACAGCGUGCAGGGGGAGUGGGACAAGAUGUACGGAGGCAGACGGGACGGUCGGGGAGACCAAAUUGAGAAGUGA